AUGUCCGACCCCAUUCCGUCUGCAAGUGCAGAGCACGAAGCACAAGGAACCCAAGUUCCAGCCAACGCUGAAGACCGCAAGGCGGCGGCCGCCCUCUCCUCCCUCCAUACCAAUGAAAUUGGCGCCACAGCAAGCCCCACCCGGGGACCAUCCAGUGCCGACCAGGAAGCUCUAGGCAGGGCUAUGAGCCGGCUUGAGAUUGCUUCGGGGCAUGGCGCAGAUAAGAAGUAUUCUGGAGAGAGCCUCAGUAAUGGGGUGGACCAGAAAAAGAAGGCGGUUAAGAUUUCAGCGGCCGAUGUUACGUUCCUGGCGGAUCAGCUGGAUCUGAACAAGAGCCAGGCGACUGAAUUGCUGAAAGCGAGCGAGGGGGAUGUUACUCUUGCCCUGAGAGCUUUCCUUGCACCUUCUUUCUAG